UAAAAUCACACGCAUACUUGUAAUAGCUCAAUCAAAGAAACUCAGCCCAAACUUAUCUCUUCAGCUGCAUCCCCACCAUGAAGCUCUGUUAUGAGCAAGAGCUAAUUCUGAUAAAUAUUUCAUUUUUCCUUCUUUCGGUUCUUCAUUCUUCUUGUCUCUCCCUUGAUAGUAUAUCCCCAAGCCAAUCACUCAGAGAUGGUGACAUUUUGCUCUCCGACAGUGGAAUUUUCGCCUUCGGUUUCUUCACCCCCGGAAAUAAUUCUUCAACGAAGCGGUACGUUGGCAUAUGGUAUCAUAAAUUCUCCAACCAAGCCGUUGUGUGGGUGGCUAAUAGACAAAAUCCUAUUAAUGAUACUUCUGGAGUUUUGUCUAUUGAUACUCAUGGAAACAUUGUUCUCCUUCACAAUGAUAUAUAUUCGAACCAAACUCCUAUUUGGUCUUCCAACAUUUCAAACACAUCUUCUAGUGACUCCUUUGCUAAGCUUCAAGACUCAGGAAACUUGGUUUUGAUAACAAGAAAUGGUGGAAUAACGAAAGUUCUGUGGCAGAGUUUUGAUUAUCCCAGUGACACUUUGCUUCCGUUCAUGAAAAUCGGAGUGGAUCGGAGAACCGGUUUCAAUAGGUUCCUCACGUCAUGGAAAUCCCCAGAUGACCCAGGGUUGGGGAACGUGAGCCAUAGGAUCGACCCAACAGGCUAUCCUCAGUCAUUCAUAUAUAGAAACGGUGCUCCAUUUUGGCGGGGCGGGUCUUGGACGGGUCAAGGAUUGAGUGGUGUACCUGAAAUGAUACCAAACUUCAAUUUCCAAGUAAGAUUUAUUGAAAAUGCUGGCGAAGUUGUCAUGAUGACGCAACUCAUGGAACCUUCCAUGUUCUUAAGAAUGGUGCUUGACAACAUGGGCCAUGAGACAUGGACUAUUUGGCAACCUAAUGGGCCCGUGAACCCGCAAGAGUGGAACAUGAGAAACGGGUCGAGUGGGUGUGUGAGGAAGAAGAACAUGUCCAUGUGUCAAAGUGGGGAUGGGUUUGUGAAGGUGGCAAGUGUGAAGGUUCCAGAUACGUCAAAAGCACGUGUGAAUAAGAGUGAGACUAUGAGCUUAAAAGGGUGUGAAGAGAUGUGCUUAAGGGAUUGUUCUUGUGUAGCAUAUACGAGUGCAGAUGUGGUCUCACAAAGUGGGUGCUUGACGUGGCAUGCUGAUAUGGAAGAUAUUAGGACUUACCAAGGCCAAGGACAAGAUUUAUACGUGCAUGUGGAUGCAUCUGAAUUAGGAAAAUAUGAAAGUAAGCCUUAUGGUUCUCUUGGAAAGAAGGGGAUGGUGACACUCGUAGUCGUUUCUACGUGCCUGAUACUCUUGGUUAUUGUUUUUGCGUAUUGGUUUGUAUGGAACAAGAAACGAGUACAAAGUAGGCAUAUCGAACAUGUUUUUGCUGGACAUCAGAACAAUAAUUCAGAUUUACCAUUAUUUGAUCUAAGUGACAUAAUAGCAGCAACAGACAAUUUCUCAGAGACUAACAAGCUUGGACAAGACGGUUUUGGUUCUGUUUAUAAGGGUCUACUCAAUGAUGAAAAGACAAUAGCAGUGAAGAGGCUGUCAAAGUAUUCUGGACAAGGCAUUGAAGAAUUCAAAAAUGAGGUUUCUAUAAUUGCAAAGCUCCAACAUAGAAAUCUUGUCAAGAUUUUAGGUUAUUGCAUACAUGGAGAAGAGAAGAUGUUGAUCUAUGAAUAUUUGCCAAACAAAACCUUGGACUCUUUUCCUUUUGAUCAAGCAAAAAAGGUACUCUUAGAUUGGACGAAAAGAUUUGAUAUCAUUUGUGGAGUUGUCAGAGGAAUGUUAUACCUUCAUCAAGAUUCAAGAUUAAGAAUAAUUCAUCGAGACUUAAAAACCAGCAAUAUCUUGUUAGAUUCUACAUUGAAUCCAAAAAUUGCAGAUUUUGGUAUGGCUAAAACGUUUGGUGGAGAUCAAAUUGAAGGAAACACAAACCGCAUCGUGGGAACCUAGUAAGCACUCUCCAAUGCAACACUAUAUAGUUUCCUAGCAUUACAUUGCUUAUAUCCCUCAUUUCCCCAAAGUUCACUAAAAUACCAAUUAAAAUUAAACAAUAAAGACUUUAUAUUUGGAAUGAAUAUUUGAUAUCAUCAAAAUUUA